CUAAUAAAAAGUGUUUCGAGACAUAAAUCCAUCUACUAUUCUUUACUUCUACUUCGUACCUUUUUUCGUCGCUUUCACAAACCUACUGGAGAAAAAUUCGGAAGCAAUGGAUGAAGAAGAGCACGAGGUUUAUGGGGGAGAUAUUCCCGUUGAAGGAGAUUUGGAUGCAGAUUUGGAAGCUCACAAUCCCGAUGUUGAUAUGUCCGCCGCUGAUGAAGAUGCCGUCAAGGAGCUUGAUGAUAUGAAAAAGAGACUGAAGGAAAUGGAAGAAGAAGCUGCUGCUCUUCGUGAAAUGCAAGCUAAAGUUGAGAAGGAAAUGGGUGCAGUUCAAGAUCCUGCUACUGCUGCUGAAUUGGCAAACAGGGAGGAGGUGGAUUCCCGGUCUGUUUUUGUUGGCAAUGUUGAUUAUGCUUGCACCCCUGAAGAAGUUCAGCAACAUUUUCAAGCUUCUGGAACAGUUAAUAGAGUGACCAUUCUGACUGACAAGUUUGGUCAGCCAAAGGGUUUUGCAUAUGUGGAAUUUGUGGAACAGGAUGCUGUCCAACAGGCUCUUCAGCUGAACGAAUCUGAAUUACAUGGCCGUCAAUUGAAGGUGCUUCCCAAGAGAACAAAUGUGCCAGGCAUGAAACAAUAUAGGGGGAGGCGUUUUGAUCCUUAUAUGGGCUUUCGUUCCCGCAGACCGUUUCCUCCACCGUAUUUCUAUAACCCAUAUGGGUAUGGGAAGGCUCCUAGAUUCAGAAGGCCAACCCGUUACAUGCCAUAUUACUAGGAAGAGGCCUAUCUGCUAUAAGGAUAUGUUAUGUUGUACUAUUAGAUAUUGAAAUUGUCUUAUGGUUUCUGGUUGGUAACGUUAACUUACUGUUUCUUCUGUGCGCAUUUAGAUGUAUAACAAAUUUUCUGAAAUUCGACCGUAUUUUCGAAUUAAAGCGUCACAGUUAUUUCUAUCAUGAUUGGUCAUGUCUAUACAGUAUGUUUACGAUACAUUCUUCUAUCA